AUGCUGUAUGCCAAGCCCCCACCCACCAUUAAGGGUAUAAAAGGACCUUGGAGGAAGGAGAGACUCAAACCUCACCACAUCCACCGGCCUCAGCACACCUGCUCUGCCAUCACCUCUCCCAGCACCAUGAGUUACAACUGUUGCCUGCCCAACGUGAGCUGCCGCUCCACCUGCUCCUCCCGGCCCUGCGUGGCCCCCAGCUGCCACAGCAGCAUCCUGCCCGGGGCCUGCAACAUCUCUGCCAAUGUGGGCAGCUGUGGCUGGUUCUGCGAGGGUGCCUUCAAUGGCAGCGAGAAGGAGACCAUGCAGUUCCUGAACGACCGCCUGGCCAGCUACCUGGAGAAGGUGCGCCAGCUGGAGCGUGAGAACGCUGAGCUGGAGAACCGCAUCCGGGAGCGGUGCCAGCAGCAGGAGCCCUUUGUGUGCCCCAACUACCAGUCCUACUUCCGGACCAUUGAGGAGCUCCAGCAGAAGAUUCUGUGUGCCAAGUCUGAGAAUGCCAGGCUGGUGGUGCAGAUUGACAAUGCCAAGCUGGCCUCUGAUGACUUCAGAACCAAGUAUGAGAUGGAACGUUCCUCGCGGCAGCUGGUGGAGUCGGACCUCAAUAGCCUGCGCAGGAUCCUGGACGAACUGACCCUGUGCAAGUCUGACCUGGAGGCCCAGGUGGAGUCCCUGAAGGAGGAGCUGCUGUGCCUGAAGAGGAACCAUGAGGAGGAAGCCAAUUCCCUGCGCAGCCAGCUGGGAGACCGCCUCAACGUGGAGGUGGACGCGGCCCCCACCGUGGACCUCAACCGCGUGCUCAACGAGACCAGGUGUCAGUAUGAGGCCCUGCUGGAGACCAACCGCAGGGAUGUGGAGGAGUGGUUCACCACCCAGACCGAGGAGCUCAACAAGCAGGUGGUGUCCAGCUCGGAGCAGCUGCAGACCUCCCAGGCGGAGAUCAUCGAGCUGAGACGCACGGUCAACGCCCUGGAGAUCGAGCUGCAGGCCCAGCACAACCUGAGGAACUCCCUGGAGAACACGCUGACGGAGACCGAGGCCCGCUACAGCUCCCAGCUGUCCCAGCUGCAGUGCAUGAUCACCAGUGUGGAGUCCCAGCUGGCCGAGAUCAGGGGUGACCUGGAGCGGCAGAACCAGGAGUACCAGGUGCUGCUGGAUGUGCGGGCCCGGCUGGAGUGCGAGAUCAACACGUACCGGGGGCUGCUGGAUAGUGAGGAUUGCAAGCUCCCCUGCAACCCAUGCGCCACCACCAAUGCUGCUGGCAACUCCUGUGGGCCCUGUGGCAGCUGUUCAAACCGUGUCUGUUAAUUUAAGAACUUGCAUCCUCUUUGAAGACUACAGUGAAGCCUUUUAGACCAAGCAAAGGAAAAGUCCCCAAGUUCUGCCUGGGCUGGAGCUCACUGCCGUGCAGAGACCUUGCCACGCUGAACGUGAUGUUUCUAGACACAGAAAUGCUUUCCACAUCCAACAAGCAAACACACAUCAUCAACCUCCAACAUCUGGAAGUUCCAUCCUAUUGAAGAUUGAGUGUCUUUGCUUCUGAAGAUGUCCAGCAGGCUGUCCUCUGAGCCCCGGGUAGUACCUUCGGGCGUUUCCUGUAUGUAUUGUUUCCUGCUUUCCUCGCUUCUUUGGUAUUCUCUGGAAUGCAAGGAAGCUUCAUUUACUCCCCAAUAAACUUUAUUUC